GCGAGCCGCGAGCCGCGGCGCGGUGCGCUCGGGCCACCCCGGCGAUGCCCGUGCAGGUUAGCGAUUACAGCUGGCAGCAGACGGAGACUGCGGUCUUCCUCUCUCUGCCCCUGCGAGGCGUCUGCGUGAGAGAUGCGGACGUGUUCUGCACGGAAAACUAUCUGAAGGUCAACUUUCCUCCGUUUUUAUUUGAGGCAUUUCUCUACGCACCCAUAGACGAUGCCAGCAGCAAAGCAAAGAUUGGAAAUGACGCCGUUGUCUUUACCUUGUAUAAAAGAGAAGCAGGCAUGUGGGAGACUCUCUCUGUGCCGGGUGUUGACAAAGAGAUGAUGCAAAGAAUAAGAGAAAAAUCUAUUUUGCAAGCACAAGAGAGAGCAAAAGAAGCUGCUGAAGCAAAAGCUGUAGCAAUGCGAGAGGAUCAAAAGUAUGCACUCAAUGUCCUGAUGAAGAUUGAAGAAGAAGAGAGGAAAAAAAUUGAAAGUAUUAAAGAAAAUGAACGGAAAAAAGCAACUAAAGAAUUGGAAGCCUGGAAAGAAAGCCAAAGAAAAGCUGAAGAAAAAAAACGAAUUCAGAGACCUGACAAAUUAUGUCAAGAGAAGCAAACUGAAGAAGAAAGGAAAAAAUUAAAACAUAAAAGUCUUACUAGGAAUGUGGCAUCCGGAAAUCUUGCCCCAAAAGGGGGAAAUUCAGGAAAUAUGUUUGUUGAGAAGUUAAAGGAAGAUCGCAUUCCUGCUCCUCGCUCUGCCGGCAAUAUCAAAAUCAACUUUACCCCUCGAGUAUUCCCAACUGCUCUCCGUGAAUCACAAGUAGCAGAAGAAGAGGAGUGGCUGCACAAGCAGGCCGAGGCACGAAGAGCAAUGAAUGCGGAUAUUCCUGAGCUUUCUGAUUUGAAAGAAGAGGAAAAGAAUCCAGAGUGGUUGAAGGACAAAGGAAACAAAUUGUUUGCAACAGAAAACUAUCUGGCAGCUAUUAAUGCAUACAACUUAGCCAUCCGACUAAAUAAUAAGAUCCCAUUAUUGUAUUUGAAUCGAGCUGCUUGCCACCUAAAACUCAAAAAUUUACACAAAGCGAUCGAAGACUCUUCUAAGGCACUGGAAUUAUUGACACCACCUGUAACUGACAAUGCAAAUGCAAGAAUGAAGGCACAUGUACGACGUGGAACAGCAUUCUGCCAACUAGAAUUAUAUGUAGAAGGCCUACAGGAUUAUGAAGCUGCACUUAAGAUCGAUCCAUCCAACAAAAUUGUACAACACGAUGCUGAGAAGAUUCGGAAUGUAAUUCAAGGAACAGAACUAAAAUCUUCAUGACCACUCGAUACAGCUAGGCAGAGUGGACAGUGAGAGAGAGAGAAAGGUCUUCCUUUACCUUGGUUCACCCCCAAUGGCCGCUACAGCCGGUGCACGCUGAUCUGAAGCCAGGAGCCAUGUGCUUCUCCUAGUCUCCCAUGCAGGUGCAGGGCCCAAGCACUUGGGCCAUCUUCCUCUGCCUUCCCAGGCCACAGCAGAAAGCUGGACUGGCAGAGGGGCAACCAGGACAGAACCCGGUGUGCUGGCUCCGCAGGCAGAGGAUUAGCCUAGUGAGCCUCAGCACCGGCCUAGUUUUGUUGUUAAGAUUUAUUUAUUUUAUAUGAAAGGCAGAGUUACAAAGAGAGGGAGAGACAGAGAUCUUCUGUCAACUGGUUCAUACUUCCAAAUGGCCACAACAGCUAGGCGUGGGCCAGGUGGAAGCCAGGAUCUUCAUCUGGGUCUCCCACAUGGAUGACAGGGGCUCAAGUACCUGGGCCAUCUUCAGCUGUUUUCCUAGGAGCAUUUGUAGGGACUCAAUUGGAAGUGGAGCAGCUGGGACUUGAACCUGCACUUGUAUGGGACGCUGGUGCUGCAGGUGGUGGCUUUACCUGCUAUGCCAC